AUGAAGGCAAACAAGAUUGGCAGCAGCGGGUACGGGGUGGUGUACAAGGGUGUGUCUCCCCACGACCAGUCUCUGCUGUGGGCUGUGAAGCGCGCCACUGUCUUAACAACUGAAGACUUUCGUAGAGAGAUCAAUGAGAUGGCGUGCAAGAACCACGGCGACCUCGUGCGGCUCCUGUGGUACUGCAUCAAUGAGAUGGCGUGCAAGAACCACGGCAACCUCGUGCGCCUGCUGGGGUACUGCCUGGACAUGGACGCGGCAAAUGAGAAGAUAGAGCAGGUUCUCAUCUAUGAGUUCAUGCACAACGGCGACCUCGAGAGGUGGAGUGGCUCAGGUGGGUGCCUGGAUGGGCUUGGUCAGAUACAGCCUCAUGGACGCUGCGAGCGAGAACAUAGAGCAAAUCUCAUCUAUGAGUUCAUGCACAACGGUGACCUCGAGAAGUGGAUCGGACCAGAGAUGCAUCGGGACCAGUACCUCCACAGCUUCAACAUCGUGCAUCGUGACAUCAAACCUGCCAACAUCCUGCUUGACAGGAACAUGCAGGUGAAAAAGAGUGUCACGCAUACAUUUCCCCUCUCUCUACUCUCCCCAGGCCAAGCAUUGGACGUGUACAGCUUUGGAGUGGUGGUGCUGUCGGUCAUAACUGCACGCAAGGCUGUGUUCCCAAUGGAGGGCAACACGCCCUCAGGCAAGGGUUUAUCAGAGAACAACCUGAUAAAUAUCAAGACUUGGGUGACACCCCUAGUGGAUGCGGGGGACGCAGAUACCAUCAAGGACCCGCGACUAGAUGCCCCAAGCGACAGCAUCCUCCGCCUGGCCCGCCUCGCCCUCUCCUGCACUGCCGAGCAAGUGACUGCUCGCCCCACCAUGGCCCGCGUUCUCUCCGAUCUCAUGGUUAUGAAAGAGGAGUGCUUUGGAAAUGAAGUGAAUCCUGCGCUCGCAAAAAUCGACAGGGACAUGGCGAACAUGAGGGGCUCGAGCCUCUCUUGGGAGUCCGAAGAGGUUUGA